GCGACAUAGAUGGGCGCUGCACGGGCCAAUUUUGGCGAGAGUUGUUCAAGAUCAUGGGCUCGGACUUGAACUUCUCGACGACAUUUCAUCCUCAAAGCGGGUGAAUGCCUUUUUAGAGGUACAAACCAACGAGAUUGGGUGAAGUUGAUGGACACGGCACAGUUCUCAUACAACUUGCACCGCAGCGAGUCGACCAACACGAGUCCAUUUGAGUUGGCGACGAGGUAGCAACCUUUGACACCUACGACGGUGGCAAUGGUUUAUAGAGGCAACAGUCCGGUAGCCUACAAGUUUGCUAAAGGCUGGCACAAGAAGAUGGAGAUGCCAAGUCUUACUUAGCCCGCGCUAGUAAGAAGAUGAAGAAAUGGGCGGAUAAGAAGAGGCGGCACUUGGAGUUUGAAGAGGCAGGCAUGGUCAUGGUGAAGUUCUACCCUCAUCGCUUCAAGCAUCUCAAGAACGUGCACAAGGGACUGCUUCGGCGCUAUGAAGGGCCAUUUCCGAUCGUGAAGAGGAUUGGCAAGGUGUUGUACAAGGUGGAGGUGUCGUCGCACUUGGAGAUCCAUCCGGUCUUUCAUGUGAGCCAACUCAAGGCUUUCCACGAAGACAAGGAGGACGAGCAGCGAAGAGAGUCGCAGCGCACACCAACACUCAUCACCAAGACACACGACCAUGAAGUUGAAGAAAUUAUGGCGCGUCGUGUCAUUCCUCGUCGUCGCGUACAUCCAAGCUUCGUUGAGUACUUGGUCAUGUGGCGCAACCUUCCUGAGAGUGAAGCAACUUGGGAGAAAGAGCUCACGCUUUGGAAGAACAAGGACUUGAUCGAGACUUUCCUUCAAGAGGACGCGACGAGGGCGUCGCGAGCAUAGGUGGGGGAGGAUGUCACAUGUGGCAGAUGACAUGGCGCCAACAAGGUGACAACAUGGCGGCUGCACAUGUGGCGUGUAUGGAAGACUAGUAGCAUAGAGAUGCUCCUAGGAUUCUCCACCUAAAUGAGAUCUUAAUGGUGCACUUAUGAGUCACAUAAUGAGUGACAUUUAUAGAUUUCAUAAUGGGGGGACUUAAUGGGGUGUAUUGAUGUAGAAGGACAUUAUGAGGGGCAUUGAUGCCUUGUAUGAGGAGAGGCCUAUAUAACUUGUCAUCUCCCUCACUUGUAACUCAUUCCAUCAUUUUUUUAGAGUAAUACACACUAGAGAGUUCUCCCAAUUCCUUUGUCUUUGCUUCCUUGUUCUUUGCUUGCGAGUGAGUUGAGAGAAGGUUGCCUAGCGCUCCAACGGAAUUGCGAGCUAGGGCCGCACGAUCGAGAGUAAGGUCGUGACAGACCCGAGAGGAAAUCAAGGGUGUGUUUUUCAGCCUUGGAAGGGACAAAGCCCCUUGGCCUUAUGGAUUUCCUUCAGAGUUCUUUAGGCUUCAUUGGGAUCUUGUUGGUCCUUUGGUUGAGGAUGUUGCACUCCAUUUCUUUCAUUCAGGUGUUAUGCCUAGAGCUAUCAAUUCUACGCUAUUGAUUUCAUGCUACAACACAAUAUAAAAGGGCAAAUCUAAAGUACUAGCUAACAAGUCAGCAGAUGUUCUUCCAUCCCUAAUCUCUCCAUCCCAGUCUGCUUUUAUUAGGGGUCGCUCUAUGAGUAAUAAUAUCUCUUAGCUGCUGAAAUAGUUAAGGAUUAUCAUAGGAAGAAUAUUACUCUUCGUUGUGCUAUAAAGAUCGACAUUAUGAAAUCCUUUUAUUAUGUCAAUUGGUCAUUCCUUUUCUCUGUUCUUGAAACUAUGUGGUUGCCUGAUCUGCUUAUUCGCUGGUUGAAAGCCUGUGUUGUUUCCCCUCGAGUUAGUGUUGGGUUGAAUGGUGGCAUAUGUGGUUCUUUUCCAUGAAGCGUGGUUUAAGGCAAGGGGAUCUAUUAUCCCCUUACUUAUUCACUGUGGCUAUGGAAUUUCUUGAUGCAUUGUUAAAGAGAGAAGCCUUCCGGGAUCAGAUCCUAUUUCAUCCAAGGUGUAAGCCAUUAGAAAUUACACAUUUGUGCUUUGCUGAUGACUUGUGUUUACAAAUGGUUCAAUUAGAAGGGUUGCUGGCAUUUGUAGAGCUCUGGAGGUUUUUUACUCGAUAUCUGGGUUGAAAUGCAAUCCGAAGAAGUGUCAGUUAUUCUGUGGGGGCAUUUUAGAGUGUGGAAAGAAAAUGAUUUCUGAUUAUUCAAAGUUUCCUACUAGUCAGUUGCCUAUUCGUUGCAUGGGAGUUCCGCUGCUAAUAGGGAAACUUACUAGGUUUGACUGCAAAGUUCUGAUUGAGAAUAUCACCAGAAAGAUCCGUAGCUGGAGAUCUAAAACCCUUAGUUUUGCAGGUCGAUUGCAGUUUAUUUCAUCUAUUCUAACCAGUGUAUUGCAGUUUUGGAUGAGGAUUUUCUUACUUCCACAGUUUGUUAUUAAGGAAGUGGAGUCGAUAUGUAGUUGUUUUCUAUGGGAUAUUGAUGAUAACUCGAUGCGAAAAUGGGUUGUUGCCUUCUGGCAGUUCAUUGCUAGUCCCAAGAAGAAAUGAGGUUUGGGUAUUAGAAAUUUUUCAGUUUGGAAUAAAGCGUGUGUGUUUAG